UGUGUGUGUGUGUUUGUGUGUGUGUGUCCAUCUCCCGGUAUGCCUGUGUGUCAUUAAGUGACAUUUCUGUGGCAUUUAGGCAGCAGUUGUUGGUUAGGAAGUUACCGCUCUCUGCCUAAAGUGCCAUAUAGAGUACUGGCUCCAUGCAUGACGCCUCUAAUGAUGAUUAAUGUGCCGUGCUCAGGUGUGUGCACUGUAAAUGUGUGUGAGAGACAGACAAUGAGUGUGUACUUUUGGAUGUUUUUUAAAAUGCAGAUGUGGAUUUCUCUGCGCAGACAUGUGGCGUAUAAUUGAGCGUUAAAUUUAAAAGCCCAGGAGAGUCUGUGACAGAAAAGUGACAGAGUUGGCUCUCUGCCAAUAGUCAUGCUGGUGUCUAUGUUUACAUGGUUUCUAUCUGGCAACAUAAAAGAAGAAGAAGAAGAAAAAAAGGUGGACCCUCCCCCUUUCUCUGUUUUUCUCUCUCUCUCUCUCUCUCUCUCUCUUGCUCCUCUUUCCUAUCUUACAGAGAGAGAUGAUCGGAGGAGCGGAGUCUCAGUGAACAGAGCGAAGCGAUGGAGAGAUGCUCCAUCUCUCCUGUCGCACGACUGACUGCCCUCCGCUGCCUAAUUUACCUCCUCCUGGUUGCUCUGGUGACACAACUCUCCACUUGUAACCGUGACGACAGCGAGGGCGACGAACAGGUGGACCCCCUUUCAGUCCAGCUGUCCGUCACAGCCCAGGUCACACCCACCCCUCUGUGGGCGGUGGUCUGGGGUCCCACUCAGCCUCUUGAGGAUGAGACCUACCACUUCCUCUCCAGUCAGGAAACCGACCCCUUGCACCAUCACGGGAACCAGCAGGAGGCCAGCACCCCUACAUCUGAGGACUGGCCUUAUCCUGAUGCAAAAGUGCACCCCGGAGAGGAGGCACCACUCGAGUCUAGGGACCGGGAGGGAGCAGAGGAUGGAGGGACAGAGGCGGAGGAGACGGAGCCUGAGGAAGUGGACCCUCAGUUCUACGUCACCGUGACCAUCUCCUCGCUUCUCAUCUUGACGGCAGUCGUCAUUACAGCCAAACUCUGUUACGAUCGCAGCUGUUCCCAGCAUCCGCCCCCGCUUUCCCGUGGCGUGGCUCCCCCCCUCUCCCUCGCGCUCCCUCGUUCCCUCGCUUCGGAGGACAGCCGGCAGACGUUGCACAGCACCUCCUCCUCCUUCACCGACAGGGAGAGGAUCCCAGUUGUGAACCUCUGAGGUGACUGUGUUUUUCCAUAUGGCAAACAUUUCUACGGGGCCUGAGGAGGAACUUCAACAUGACCAGAGGGUGUGCCCGCAGCGCCGUUUUAUUUUCUCUGAAACUGUGAAAUGAAUUCAGGGAUCCCAGGUAUCCAACCAUCACAAAAACUCCCAGGCUCCCAUGAGGUCUAAAAAAAUCCAAGCUCAUCUCGCUGCUGCUCCCUCCUUCCUUCCUCUGUACUCAGUGUAAAUAUCUUUUAUGUGACUCUGCGUCACUGUAACCUGCUCCCUGUUUUCCACCCCCCCUCGUAUGGCCCCGAGCUCUGCCAAGCUACCCAACCGCUCUGUGCUUCGACCUGCCAUGACUAAUUCACAAACAAGCAGUUUAACAGCCAUUCAACAUCCCAUUAGCCCUGAAAUGACCUACCUGUGCUUCCACAACAGUCUCCCGUGAUUCAGCUGCACAUGUGAAGCUGUUCAGUGUUAAUUCUAAUCCAGCAGACUGUUCUUUCAUGAAAUGGCACUUAAAUUCACUUCAUUUUACCCAGCUUGCAUCUGGUUUAUAAAUGGUUAAAAAGCCAUUCUCAGCAUCUCUAAACACUGAACGGGGUAUUUCACAAAGCUGUUUGGCACGGCUGUAGCCAACAGGCAAUGUGUUUAACAUGUCACGCUCCAAAAACUGAUGUUUAUUCCCCGCUUUGGGCGCCUGAAAUGCAAAUAGUGUGGCGUUUUUUCCUCUGCACUGUGUAGAGGAGUCUGUUUUGUUUCGGUUUUUCCUCAUGAUUUGUUCUCUUAAUUAUCUGGCUUCUGCUCACCUCUUUGUCGAGCCUUUGUGAACACCCUUUGUUCCUGUUGGACUGUAUAGAGGUGUGUUAAGCAUAAGAGUAUUUCCAGUGGUGCAGAUAAGAUAUUCAGGACAGGGGGAUGUAUAACAGAAGAAGCUUUCCUGCUGAAAAUCAACGAUUCCCAAAGGUUUUGGAUGGUGCACAACAAAGACAGAUUUAUGUCGUCACGGAAAUAAGCAUCUGUGAACUGUACGUGUGAUCAAAGGACCGGUGUUGCCACAACAAGGAAUUAUUUCCACAUGACAGCCAAGUAUCUCAAUCUGGAAAACAAAACUGCCAUCAUCGUCAUUCACAUCAUCAAGUCACUGUAUAUCAGCUGUCUUGGGUGCACCAAAGGAACGUAGUACAUCAAGGAGCAAGAUUUCUGUCACAUCAAUGGAUCUGCAUGUAUAGAAAGUCUGUGAGAGUUGCUUCAAAUCUAUUAUUUAUAAAUGUCUAUUUUAUCAAUCAGUGAGUGAUAUCUUACAGAACCAUUCAAAGCCAAAUGUCAGUUUGUGUUUGGCGACUUUUCUAAGCAUCUUUGAGACAUGAACCCCCCCGACUUACACACAUUCCCACUACAGACAUAGUGCUGGUGGCAUCAUGCGUGGCUCGUGCAAACCUCCAGAUACCCAGUCUUGUGAUUUUUAGUAGCAUUCCUGUAGAAAUGUGGUCUUUAUGUACCAUGGAAGUUAAAUAAAGACUCAACACUGGCGUUUUAAGCUUUGUGUCUAUCUGUUUAUUUCUGUGCAUGUUGAAUGAAUUCCCCUGGGAGCUGUGCGAUCUGCAAUGCUUUAUGAGGAUGACAAAGCUUACACGGUGCAUUUUAAUAGCUACCCCUGUAUCCUAAUCUUUUCUCUCUCCCAGAAGUGAACAUUUAGUCCACCGCCUUGCUUGAUUUUGAGGGCACGGCAGUAAAAAAAAAAAAAAAAAAAAAAAAAAAGUCCUGCAUGUGCCAAUCAUGUUUUUACCAGUGAAGGAGCGACUGAAAAGGAAGAAUAAGGCCGCUGUUUGUGUGUGUGAGAUGCUUUUCCUUAUCUCCUCACCUCAUAUGGAUUCCUCUCGCUUCAGAAAGAUUAACAGGAUGCUAAGCAAGAAUUUCCUCUGUGUACAGUUUUUCAAACAAAUGUCAAUAAAAAUCAAGGCGGUCGUGAGUUGAGAAAUGCCACCCAAGUGUAUUGAGAUUCUCCAGCAGCUCUGCAAGCACAGCGAGGGUUUUCAUCUCCUCUGGGCAUUUUACUGAUCAAUCAGACUAAUUGAUUGGCUUUGUUCCACUCGGAAGUUUUAAUGACCGUCUAGUUAUGAGACACACACCAGCAGACGCUGCAGCAAUCUGUAAACCACAGUGGACCAACAACAAACUCUGAUUCAGAAGUUAGGUGUGAAGUCGAGAGUCAUCACUCACAAGCUUACACGUAUAAUAAACUCACAUGCCACUUUCUAUACGCCAGCUAACCUUUUUUAUUUUUUUCCCACCAACAAACACUUUGGGAGGUGUACAGCUGUUAGAAUUCACAGCUCCAGUCUGGUAAAAACUGAACCAAUCAAGCUCAAUCACACUGACUGAAAUUAACACUACUAUUUAUAGAGGUGCGAGGGAUGUUGGAGGGAGGAGGAUGGAGAAAGAUGCGGGGGUUAAAUCAAACAGGAUCAUAAUUCUACGUCUGUUUCCUCCUCUCACGAUUGCUGACGGUCAGCUAAUCGCCACCAUUAAUGUCAUGUAGGAUUAAGAGCGGGGAAUUUGGUGAAAACAGAAUCAGGAGUGAGAGAUGGACAGGGCGGGAAUGAUGAAGGCAAUUUUGACUGCGUAAUGGAGGUACAAGAGGGGGUGGCAGGCAAUUUCAACAGGCAAUUUUGACAUUGAAAUAGAAGCUCUGGGCAAAACAUACUCGUAUGAAAUAUGAAUGCACUUGAUGUGUGUGUGGAUGUGUGUGUAGCCAUGCUGGCUGCGCACAGGGGAAGCCUCGGCUCUAUAAUACAUCAGUCUCUUUGGGGACAUGCCCUAAUUAAUGGCUUGACCUCCUAACGGGUAGCCCCCCUUCUGCGAGUUAACAUUUAGCUGUGCACCCUCCAGAGAUGCACUUUGAAGUGCAUUUAAUAAAAGAAGUGACAGUGACAUUAAUAAGACAGUCAGGAUAAGUACAGGGCUUAAGUUUUAUUUCUCGACAAUUUAUAUUCAGAUUUUAUACAUGUCUCAACUCAGCAGAGAGAAAAAAAUACAAAGCAACAUAGAAUUAAUCUAAACCAAAAAAACAUUUUUUUAAA